UUUGUGUUUAUUAUACCUUACCUACCUAGGUAUAAAAAGAGUACUUACGUAGAUUUUCUUUUAUUAACUGUUUUAUACGAAGAUCUUGAUCUCUCAAAUUAGCAUCCAUUUUACUUCCAGUGAUUAUCAACUAAAUUAAUAAUCCACAAAGUAUUAAAUAACGUUUUUAUGAAAUAUUUAGCACAAAAACAAUACCCUUUAAAUAUCGAUCGUCAGUAACUGUGGCUGACUUACCUAUAUUCUAGCAAGCAGGACUGCCAGAUGUGAAGGGGAAAUCCCCAAUAAAUUGUUGCAUGUGACUGAUGAUGUGAGCAUGUUCGUUUCAUAAUAAAAAUGUUGCCAGGUAACCAAAAAGUCGUAUGUUUUUGUGCGAAUUACGAUCAUAAUCUUUACGAUCGUACAUUAAAAAAUAGACAAAUAAUAGUAUGAGUACGAUUUAAAUCGUAUAUCUGUCAACCCUGCUAGCAAGACAGCGACAAAAUCACGUUGCAUAACAAUGUAGCCCAAGCUUAUAUCUUAUGAAAUAUACGGAAGAGAUACGGACUUAGAAAAAACAGAAAUGUUGUUCUUUGUGGAAGUCAUUGAUGAAAUUCUAUGUAUUUUAGCCCGCAAACUUUCUUCAAACAAAAACAGCGCCAUCUAGUAUCGAGUUCUGUAAUUCUCUCUUUGUUUAUGGAUUUGAAGUAAGACCGCCACGCAUGCAAUACAUUAUGACUGGGGAUUCCCCUAUUCGUCGACGCUGAAUAUGAGGCGACGACAAUCACUGUCAAACGUGUUCACUAUUACUCUGACUCUGGUAACGUGACUUCCUGGUAACGUGUUAGGUAGGAAAAGCAGUAAAAAAGUGCAUAUUAAGGGAGCAGAUUUGAAAUAAUAUUUAUACUUAACAAGAAAUAAUUAAAGGUUCAAUGGGGAGACCUAAAGAUUUACGCAUAUGGGAGCACUACCGUACUUUACCAAACAAGUCUGUUUCUUGCAAGCUUUGUAAUAAGGUCUACAAAUUCAGUAAUGCUGCCAAAAUGCUUCAACAUCUUAUCACUUGUCCAAAAUCUCCAGAAACAUUAAAAGACUCUAUGAAACUUAUAAAAGAUAGCUCGUCCAAAACCAAAAUGUCUGGACUGUCAGAGAUAGAGACAAAUGAUUCUUUUAUAAGCCCCUCGUCGUCUGCUAACACUACAAUAAAUGCUGAGUUUCAAGACACCGAUGAUCAUAUAAAAACAGAAUUAGCGAGAGCUAUAUUUGUAACAGGGACGCCAUUAUCGAUGGUGCAACAUCCUUUAUGGAUACAAUUUUUCGAAAAAUUGCAACCAAAAUUUAAAAUACCUUCACGUAAAGCUUUAGCGACAAAAUACUUAGAUAAAAUAUAUAGAGAAAUGCGUUUUGAGUUAAAUGAGGAACUAAAUGCUUGUAGUUACUUACACCUUCAGUGCGAUGGCUGGUCUAAUUUAAGAAAUGAAGGAAUAAUAAACUUUCUUAUAUCAAAACCUCAACCUGCAUACGUUAAAAGUUUGAAUACAGAAAGUAAUCCUCACACUAGUGAAUACCUUAGCCAAGAAGUUGAAAAAGUAAUGAAAGUGUAUGGAGCAAAUAAGUUUCUUGUACUUAUUGGCGAUAACGCUAGAAAUAUACAAAAGGCAUUCGAAUUAACAAAACUCAAAUAUCCACAUGUUGUUCCUCUCGGUUGCUGUGCACAUAUCCUUAACUUGUUGUGCCAAGAUAUUGUAAAGAUACAAGAAGUAACUGUGUUUAUUAUGCAAGCCAUAAAUAUAAUAAAAACUGUUAAAAGGAGUCAACGAUUAAGUUCCUUGUUGAUAAAAUCAAGGCAGGGUGAAGAUUCUACACAAACACUAAAAUUGCCUUGUGCUACAAGAUGGGGAAGUCAUGUUACUUCGUUAAAAAGUUUGAAAGCAAAUAAGAUAGCUUUGCAAAUAUUAACAGUUAGAGAAGAUGUGGUAAUUUCAAGAGAUAUUAAAGAUUUAAUUCUAAGUGAUGAUUUCUGGACGAAGACAGGGGAAUGUAUAAGUAUUUUGGAACCAGUCACUGAAAGCAUAUUUUACUUAGAGAGCGACCAGAAUCGUUUGCAUCGCACAUACAUUACAUUUAGAGAUGUACAAGCUAAGAUACGUUUUGCAUUAAAUGAGAUUUCGACAUUGAGCGAAGAAAGCAAACAGCAGAUUCUAACAUCAGUAUCUUCAAGAUGCAAUAUGGCAAUGAGGCCAAUACAUUUUGCAGCAUAUAUUCUAGACCCCAGGACUCUAGGAGUCGAACUUACUCAAGAGGAAGAACUUAAGGGUAUGGAGUUUAUCUACAAUUUAAGCCAACACUUAAGUUUGUCAAAUGUAAUGGCAGAUUUGGCGUGUUAUAAAGCUAAAGAAAACUUUUGGGCCAGAGGAUUUGUAUGGAGCUCAUUAGAUAGCAUUGAGCCCCUAAUAUGGUGGAAAGGUAUUUGUGGUUCCACUGAGUUAAGCAAAGUAGCGAUUCGUAUUCUAUCAGCUCCCUGUACUUCGGCAGCCACUGAGCGUUCCUUUAGUAUCCAAGGCUACAUACAUAAUAACAAAAGAAAUCGACUUACAACUGAAAGAACUGAAAAAAUUUCAUUCAUUUGUUAUAACUGGAAUCUUAAACAUAAAGCUGAAUGCGAGGACAUUCAGUUUAAUGAAGAAAAUACCUUAGAAGCUUUCAUUGAGCAAGUAAAUGAACAUAACAGUUUAGACGAAAUAGAGCCUAUCGAACCUAUACAAUUCAUCGCUUGUAAUAACUCUGAAUCUGACAGUGAUUGACUGUAGUUUUACAUUUUACUUUCAUCUCUUUCUUAAUAAACUCAAAAUCAAAUUAAAAGUUUUUUAUUCUGUAGGCUGCAUAAUAAUAUGUCCUGCAUA